CUCAUGUUCAGAUGAGAUACGUAGGCACGAGAUGCGAUGUCUUGCCGAGUUUGACUAACGACUAACACUAAUUCUUUUCUCUCGCCCUCGUUGCGAUUGAGACCUCCCCUUUCUCUUGCCCUAGUUGCAAUCGAGACCCUUCUUCUUCCUGUGUCUUGUUGUGUGCUUGGAAGCUGAUGUAAGUCCAUCGAGUGGCAUUCGGGUUCCAGUGUGCGUGUGUUUUGGUUCGGAUGCUGAUGUAAGCCCAGUGAUUGGCAUUCAGGCUCCACGUUUGCCUCCUUGUGUGCGUUUUGGUUCGGAUGCUGAUGUAAGCCCAGUGAUUGGCAUUCAGGCUCCAUGUUUGCCUUUGCCUGUGGUUGUUUGUGUGCGUGUUAGCCGAGCUACGAAUGCUCUGAUUCUCCUUCGUCCAAAGGAGAUACGUAUGCAUAGGAUGCGACAUCCUAGCGAGCAUGUGCCGUUUCCCCAGUCGAACUACUUAGACUCUGAUGUCUAUGCUUGAUAGACUAAGUAGGCCCAGGAUGCGAUAUCCUGCCGAGUCAGUUUCCGUCUUGUCUGUUUCCUGUGUCUCCUUCAGCCUGUAUAGAUGUUUAUUUGAGCAGUGUUUUUAGAAACCAUUUUCCCUUCCUAUUGUGCGUGGAUCCCGUCGAGUACGACGGAUGCGUAGGGGUGCUAAUACCUUCCCUUCGCAUAACCGACUCCCGAUCCCAUUCUCUUUGGUCGCGAGACCAUGUCUUUUCCAGGUUUACUCUGAGCGUUUCCUUUCCCUCUUUUGGGAUAAAUAACGCACGGUGGCGGCUCUGUUGUUCUGUUUUCCCGCCGGUUUUUCGCGUAAUGCGACACAAUGCUAUGACUUGUAAGGCUACCACUCAGGAUCCCAAUGCACUUAAAAGAAAGAGAAAACCUAAAAAAGGACAUGUGCCAACUGCAACUGAUAUGCCAACUGCAAAUGAUAUGCCAACUGCAUCUGAUAUGCCUGCCCCAACUGCAACUGAUAUGACUGUUCCAACAAAUGUGCCUGUUCCAACUGAUCCACAGCCUCCAACUGAUAUGCCUGUUCCAACUAUUAUGAGUCAAACAGGAUCUAGUGUGGCUGCCUCAAUCACAAAACAAUCCAGAAAAAGGGUUGAAAAAAAACCUAUCAUCAAAAGAAGGCAAAGUGAGAGGAUCAAGUUGAGUUGGUUUAAAAGACCCAUAACAGGUGAAGGAAUAUCUAGUGACAAACCAAUUACCCUACCAGAAAAUGAAGACAUACCCACUUCAAAAUGAGGGACUGAUUAUUAUGUUUCUGCUAUGUAUUUUGUAAUCCUUUUGGAAAACUCUU